AUGGCUUCCUUCCGGUGCCUUCGCGUAGUGCUUGCGCUGCCAGUGCUCGCUGCCGCCGAGACCUCCUUCUCCUCGACGCCCGCGCAGCUGGAAGCCAAGGUGACCCUGCAGACCAAUGGUUCCUGGCAUCUCGGAGGUUUCUGCUUAGGCCAAGCAGGCUCGGGUGAGACGAAGGCGGCGGAGCUUGCCGCCCACGUGGAGUGGGAAGGCACCCAGGAGCUCGGGGAGACGGGACCCGUGAUGUUGGUGGCCUUCGAUGUGCGCGAGCAUCGCUGGGGUGCCGUGAAGGAUUCUUGGGGCCAGCUGUCUUGCGAGGAGAAGUUGAGUGCCGCAAACAUGAAGCGACAGCUGGGCAAGACCCAUGAUUUUGCUGACUUCGCCUUCAGAAUCCACGUGCAUCAGAAGACGGCAAUCAGGGACUGGCACUUCGCGCUCCUCACGUGUGGGGAAACGGAGCAGGCGCCCUUGUCCCUGAGGCUGUCGGCAACGAACGGGGCCUUGAGCAUGUUCAAGGCCAACACGCACUUCGAUGCCAGCAGCUGCCCGGUAGUGGACGUCCCAUGGCUGGAGGCCGCCCACGAUGAGGUGGGCUUUUGGCUGCUGCUCCUCGGAGCGCUGCUCUUCGGCUGCUCCGCAGUCCUGGCGGUGGUUGUUUGCCGCAACUUCCGCAAGAAGGCGGAGCUUCAGCGCUUUCGGGAAGCAGCUGCUGCCGGCGGAGCCUCGCCUGUGAUCGGCAGGCCAUGCAACCAGACCGGUCUGGCAAAAGUCGUGGACGGCCAGACCAACGCGGGGCAGGCUUUCGGGUCCUCCUGCUUCAAGCAGUUUGGGUACCUUGUAGGCGGGUCAAAUUAUACCUGUAGCGCCACGAUCAUGGCUUCCUUCCGGUGCCUUCGCGUAGUGCUUUCCCUCCCAGUGCUCGCUGCCGCCGAGACCUCCUUCUCCUCGACACCCGCACAGCUGGAAGCCAAGGUGACCCUGCAGACCAAUGGUUCCUGGCAUCUCGGAGGUUUCUGCUUAGGCCAGGCAGGCCCCGAGGAGACGAAGGCCGCAGAGCUGACAGCUCACGUGGCGUGGGAAGGCACUCAGGAGCUCGGGGAGACGGGACCCGUGAUGUUGGUGGCCUUCGAUGCGCGCGAGCAUCACUGGGGUGCCGUGAAGGAUUCUUGGGGCCAGCUGUCUUGCGAGGAGAAGCUGAGUGCCGCAAACAUGAAGCGACAGCUGGGCAAGACCCAUGAGUACGCUGACUUCGCCUUCAGAAUCCACGUGCAUCAGAAGACGGCGAUCAGGGACUGGCACUUCGCACUCCUCACAUGUGGGGAAACGGAGCAAGCGCCCUUGUCCCUGAGGCUGUCGGCAACGAGCGGGGCCUUGAGCAUGUUCAAGGCCAACACGCACUUCGAUGCCAGCAGCUGCCCGGUGGACGUCCCAUGGCUGGGGGCCGCCCACGAUGAGGUGGGCUUUUGGCUGCUGCUCCUCGGAGCGCUGCUCUUCGGCUGCUCCGCGGUCCUGGCGGUGGUUGUGUGCCGCAACUUCCGCAAGAAGGCCUGCGGCCGUUGCGAUUGUGAUGCGCGUAUGCUUGACGAUAGUCAGUUGUCUAUUGGCCCAGCACGCUUCCUGCAGGCGGAGCUUCAGCGCUUUCGAGAAGCAGCUGCUGCCGGCGGAGCCUCGCCUGUGAUCGGCAGGCCGUGCAACCAGACCGGCGAGGCAAAAGUCGUGGACGGCCAGACCAACGCGGACGUGACCACAGUGUGGAAAGAGGCCGCUGGGUACCUUGUAGGCGGGUCAAAUUAUACCUGUAGCGCCACGAUCAUGGCUUCCUUCCGGUGCCUUCGCGUAGUGCUUUCCCUCCCAGUGCUCGCUGCCGCCGAGACCUCCUUCUCCUCGACACCCGCACAGCUGGAAGCCAAGGUGACCCUGCAGACCAAUGGUUCCUGGCAUCUCGGAGGUUUCUGCUUAGGCCAGGCAGGCUCGGGUGAGACGAAGGCGGCGGAGCUUGCGGCCCACGUGGAGUGGGAAGGCACCCAGGACCUCGGGGAGACGGGACCCGUGAUGUUGGUGGCCUUCGAUGCGCGCGAGCAUCACUGGGGUGCCGUGAAGGAUUCUUGGGGCCAGCUGUCUUGCGAGGAGAAGUUGAGUGCCGCAAGCAUGAAGCGACAGUUGGGCAAGACCCAUGAUUAUGCUGACUUCGCCUUCGCAAUCAACGUGCAUCAGAAGGCGGCCAUCAGGGACUGGCACUUUGCGCUCCUCACGUGUGGGGAAACGGAGCAGGCGCCCUUGUCCCUGAGGCUGUCGGCAACGAACGGGGCCUUGAGCAUGUUCAAGGCCAACACGCACUUCGAUGCCAGCAGCUGCCCGGUGGACGUCCCAUGGCUGGAGGCUGCCCACGAUGAGGUGGGCUUUUGGCUGCUGCUCCUCGGAGCGCUGCUCUUCGGCUGCUCCGCAGUCCUCGCGGUGGUUGUUUGCCGCAGCUUCCGCAAGAAGGCGGAGCUUCAGCGCUUUCGAGAAGCAGCCGCUGCCGGCGGAGCCUCGCCUGUGAUCGGCAGGCCGUGCAACCAGAUCGGUGAGGCGAAAGUCGUGGACGGCCAAACCAACGCGGACCAUGGGCACUUAACGGACGUAGUGUUCGCAGCCUCGCCUGCCUCAGAGGUUGACUUGGUCUUGUUAUUUAUCAAUGUAGCCGGUGCUGAGCAAACCUUGGGCAAGGCCACGAUCAUGGCUUCCUUCCGGUGCCUUCACCUGGUGCUUGCGCUCCCGGUGCUCGCUGCCGCCGAGACCUCCUUCUCCUCGACACCCGCACAGCUGGAAGCCAAGGUGACCCUGCAGACCAAUGGUUCCUGGCAUCUCGGAGGUUUCUGCUUAGGCCAAGCAGGCCCCGAGGAGAUGAAGGCAGCAGAGCUUGUAGCUCACGUGGAAUGGGAAGGCACUCAGGAGCUCGGGGAGACUGGGCCCGUGAUGCUGGUGGCCUUCGAUGCGCGCGAGCAUCGCUGGGGUGCCGUGAAGGAUUCUUGGGGCCAGCUGUCUUGCGAGGAGAAGCUGAGUGCCGCAAACAUGAAGCGUCAGCUGGGAAAAUCCCACAACCUCGAAGAUUUCUUCUUCCUCAUCGACGUGCACCAGAAGACGGCAAUGAGGGACUGGCACUUCGCACUCCUCACCUGCGGGGAAACGGAGCAGGCGCAAUUGUCGCUGAGGCUCGUGGCAAACAAAGGGGCCCUGAGCAUGUUCGAGUCUAACACGCACUUCGAUGCCAGCAGCUGCCCCAUAGUGGACGUCCCAUGGCUGGAGGCCGCCCACGAUGAGGUGGGCUUUUGGCUGCUGCUCCUCGGAGCGCUGCUCUUCGGCUGCUCCGCAGUCCUGGCGGUGGUUGUUUGCCGCAACUUCCGCAAGAAGGCGGAGCUUCAGCGCUUUCGAGAAGCAGCUGCUGCCGGUGGAGCCUCGCCUGUGAUCGGCAGGCGUUUCGAUGGGGUGGGCCGGAUCGCGGUGCGAUUCCUCCGAUUCCUCCGCACGGUUUCCCUCAUCGCUUGCUUUUAUCAAGGUGGCCCGGUGCUGAGCGAACCUUGGGCAAGGUUUCUCGUUGCAGCAGCUGGCUGUAGAGUCUACAUAGAGCGCUUCGAAAUUCGGAGGCAAGCUGUACCUGUAGCAGACGGUACCGACCGCGAUCAUGGCUUCCUUCCGGUGCUUUCGCAUGAUGCUUUCCCUCCCAAUACUCGCUGCCCCGACGAGAUGAAGGCAGCAGAGCUGACAGCUCACGUGGAAUGGGAAGGCACUCAGAAGCUCGGGGAGACUGGGCCCGUGAUGUUGCUGGCCUUCGAUGCACGCGAGCAUCGCUGGGGUGCCGUGAAGGAUUCCUGGGCGCAGCUGUCUUGCGAGGAGAAGCUGAGUGCCGCAAACAUGAAGCGUCAGCUGGGAAAAACCCACAACCGUGAAGAUUUCUUCUUCCGCAUCGAGGUGCACCAGAAGACGGCAAUGAGGGACUGGCACUUCGCACUCCUCACCUGCGGUGAAACGGAGCCAGCGCAGUUGUCACUGAGGGUCGUGGCAAUCAAAGGGGCCCUGAGCAUGUUCGAGUCCAACACGCACUUCCAUACCAGCAGUUGCCCGGUGGUGGAUGUUCCAUGGUUACAGGCAGCUCACGACGAGGUGGGCUUUUGGCUGCUGCUCGUUGGUGCGGUGCUCUUUGGCUGCUCCGCAGUCCUGGCGGUGGUUGCUUGCCGCAACUUCCGCAAGAAGGCGGAUCUUGAUCGCUGUCGAGAGAUAGCUGCUGCCCGAGGAGCCUCGCCAGUCGUUGGCAGGCCGUGCAGCCAGAUCGGUGAAGCAAAAGUCGUUGACGGCCAGACCAACAAGGCCGGCGUGGGCUUGCUGGCCGGAGACAUGUGCCUUCGCGUGCUGCUUUUCCUCCCAGUGCUCGCUGCCGCCGAGACCUUCUCCUCGACACCCGCGCAGCUGGAAGCCAAGGUGACCCUGCAGACCAACGGCUCCUGGCACCUGGGAGGCUUCUGCUUCGGCCAGGCAGGCUCGGGUGAGACGAAGGCAGCGGAGCUUGCGGCCCAUGUGGAGUGGGAAGGCACCCAGGACCUCGGGGAGACGGGACCCGUGAUGCUGGUGGCCUUCGAUGCGCGCGAGCAUCGCUGGGGUGCCGUGAAGGAUUCCUGGGGCCAGCUGUCAUGCGAGGAGAAGUUGAGUGCCGCAAACCUGAAGCGACAGCUGGGCAAGACCCACGACUAUACGGACUUCUACUUUGGCAUCACUGUCCAUCAGAUGUCGAACAUCAGGGACUGGCACUUUGCACUCCUCACCUGCGGGGAAACGGAGCAGGCGCCCUUGUCCCUGAGGCUGUCGGCAACGAAGGGGGCCCUGAGCAUGUUCGAGGCCAACACACACUUCCAUUCCAGCAGUUGCCCGGUGGCGCCCUGGCGAGCAAGACAGUACUGCUCUACUGUGAGCAUGCCGUGGUUCGAGGCUGCCCACGACGAGGUGGGCUUUUGGCUGUUGGUUGUCGGGGCGCUGCUGCUUGGAUGCUCCGCGGUCCUCGCUGCGGUUGCUUGCCGCCACUUCCGCAAGAAGGCUCAGCAAAAGCGAUUUCGAGAGACGGCCACGGCUGGCGGAGCCGAGCCUGUCAUCGGCAGGCCUUGCAGCCAGAUCGGUGAGGCAAAAGUGGUUGAUGGCCAGACCAACGCGGACAUUCCUUCCGCGCAAAAUGCAGCUACCCUGGAAGACAGCUGUCAGGUGUAA